AAAAGCCACGGAAAAGGUUUGUCCGAAAGUGUUUGAGUCGAAGUCGUGUCAAAUGAGUCCACAAACGGAGGACAGAGCGAUGCAAACGUUGAGCGAAACGGUGCCUAAAAAAGUGCUGAAAUCCAUUUCAACCCAAUUCUGUGUCUCACAAACCAAUCAAAGCAUUCAGACCGUGGAUGUUGUUGUCAAUGAUGAUACCAAUGCUGACAAACCCAGUGACAACUGUUGCUCAUCUAAUAAUUGCUGUUUCCAUAAGUUUAUUCAUACCAUUCCCUGUCAUUCACUGCAAACAUUCCUCAAACAAAUGGUUGAAUUCAAAGAUAAUGCCAUCAAUAAAGAGAAUCAAUUGACUGUUAAUCAAGCAACUGAUCCAAGUUCUGGAGAGACAAUUGUGGCGAGUGAGCCAUCAGUGAAUGCCAAACAAAGUCAGGAUUCAGUGAUAGUGAUUGAAAAGCCAACGAUUGAGAAGCAAAACGUUGAAGAGAUUGAAGAGGAAAAGAAAGUGAGAGGAAGAGUGACUUCUAAGAGGGGUUCCAUUGAAUCCAACAAAAGAUCUAAAAAACUGAAAACUGCUGAACCGGUGGUUGACUUAAAAGACAAUGAAGUGAUCGAAGAAAAUAAAGAUUUUUUAAAGAUCUUGGAGUUGAAUGAAAACCCAAAGAGUAAUGAGAAUGUCAUGAAUGAGCCAAAUAAGCCAAAGGGCAAGAAAAGAGUGGCUAAACCGAAGUCCAAACAGAAGGCAACCGUCGAGGAGUCGAGUGCCGAAGAAGACAAUACUGUGGCCGACAAAGAGGUUCCCAAAAGUAAAGCAAAUGUACGAAAGAGUGUUAAGAAAAGCAAUCAAACAAUUAAUGCCAAGAAAACAGCAAAUAUGAGAUCUGUCGAGGAAUCAGCUGAAGGACUAGCCGACGAUAAUGUGUUUGCUUUUGAGGACAAACCUGAAGACAAUGCGGUUGUGAAGCAAACGGCAAAACGUAAAGCCGUGGCCAAGAAGUCCACUAAAACCAAAGCUAAUGCUAUGGACGAAGAACCGGAAACAGAUAAAGAGAUGCCUUUAGAAGUGAACGAAAGGAACAGCAGAAGACGACAACUGAUUUCUACCGAUUCCGAGGAUUUGGAAAAACUGAAGAUGAAAACCACAAAAUCAAUGCCAAAACAUUCAACGGCCAAAAAGCCAGAUAAGGAAGUGUUUAAGCGUCCAGCCUCUCCCACGCCCUCCGAUGUGUCGGACAUAUCGAUGGCGUCGUCGACCUCAUCGCGAACCAGAAGCUCAUCCGCUCGAAAGAACAAAAGUUUGGACGACAAACAGAAAAAGAAGAUUCAAAGCGUUUGUCGGACACUGAAUGCAGAAGCAGUGGAGGAGUGGUCCGAUCGCGUCACACAUCUC